AUGGGAAAUUAUGGAUCGAAACUGAGAGGAAUUGGUUGCCCAGAACUGGAAGUGAACUCUGUCAAGAGAAAAUCACCAGAGGACAGGCCCGUUGCCAAGAACAUAAAAAAAACAAAGAAGGCGGAGGUAAAUGACCUCCCACCCCACCCUGCUGGAGAAACAGAUGAGACCCUGGAGAGGGAGCGAGUGGAGCACCUGGGAGAAGUACAAAUACGUGACAACCACAACAAUGUGAGUGCCAAAAUGGCAAAGACCUUCUCAUAUCGAAGACAAGAUGUCGUUCAGGCCCUUCCUGUGAAGGACUUCAAAGAAAGAUGGCCAGGCCUGUUUGAGCCCUCUCAGAUCAUCAAGGUGUACAGUGAAGAUGGCGCAGGGAAGGUGGUGGAGGUGCCAGCUGAUAUGAGGGCCAGAGACGUGUGUCAGUUCCUUGUCUAUAAGAGCCACUGUCUGGACGACAACAACUGGAGCCUGGUGGAACAUCACCCACUACUGGGCCUCGAGCGUUGUCUGGAGGACCAUGAGUUGGUGGUUCAGGUUCAAGCCUCUAUGACCAGUGACAGUAAAUUCCUCUUCAGGAAGAACUAUGACAAGUAUGAGUUCUUCAGGAAUCCCUUGAAGUUCUUCCCGGAGCAGAUGGUGGCAUUGUGUCAGGAAUCUAAUGGCUCCAUCCCCCACUCACAGCUCUUACAGAACUUCCUAAACUCCAGCAGCUGUCCGGAGGUGCAUGGGUUCCUCUAUCUGAAGGCAUCAGGGAGGAAGUCCUGGAAGAGACUCUCCAUGUUCCUCAGACGCUCUGGACUCUACUACUCCACUAAAGGAUCCUCCAAGGAGCCCAGACACCUCCAGUUGUUGUCAGACCUGGAGGACAGUAGUGUGUUCACAGUGACAACAGGAGGGAAGCUGCACAACGCCCCCACAGACUACCAGUUCUGUAUCAAGCCCAGUAAGGUGAGGAGUGAGUGCAAGGAGCUGAGGAUGCUGUGUGCUGAAGAUGAACAGAGCAGAACCUGCUGGAUGACUGCCUUCAGACUCUUAAAGUAUGGAAUAUUACUGGAUCAGAACUACAAGAGUCCCCAGCAAAGGAAGUCUCCGGUCUCACAUUUCUCUACUCCUGUGCGGAGUGUGUCUGAGAACUCUCUGGUGGCCAUGGACUUCUCUGGCAGGACGGGACGAGUCAUAGAGAACCCUCUGGAAGCAGUGAGCGCCGCUGUGGAGGAGGGACAGAAAUGGAGGAAACGGGGUCAGCGUAUGAAGGCUCUUGGCAGCCCCAGCCCCCUCCAGCCCUCUUCUCUCAGCUCAGUGAUCCACAGAACACAGCUAUGGUUCCAUGGUCGCAUCAGGAGAGAAGAGUCCCACAAGAUGAUCAUGCAACAAGGACAAGUAGAUGGGUUGUUCCUGCUGAGAGACUGUCAGAGUAACCCCAAGGCGUUUGUCCUGACCCUGUGCCACCACCAGAAGAUCAGACACUUCCAGAUCCUACCGUGUGAGGAGGAAGGUCAGAUGUCCUUCAGUCUGGACGACGGCACCACCAAGUUCACAGACCUGAUCCACCUGGUGGAGUUCUACCAGCUCAACAGAGGGGUGCUGCCCUGCAAACUCAAACACCCCUGCACUGCUGUGGCCUUGUGACCCUUCACCCCUGACCUCUGACCCCUGAACCAUGAUCUCUGGCCCCUGGUCUCACUACACCACCCUCUGUCUGCAGUUAAAUUCUCUACCCCUCGUUCGUCAUGGAUUUAAAAGGAAGGAAGGAAGCUGAUGGCAUAUGCUUAGUUACACCAAUCCAAAGCUUUUAAAAAUGAGCGGGAGUAAGCAAGUCCACACUUUGGAGAGAGGGGUGGGGUAUUCGAACCUUGCCACACACAAGGACGGACAGACAAACAGACGUGGUGAACUAUAGUGUUCUAUGGAUAUCUAUGGAUCCAACCUAGCCCGUUUCCUUCUCCUUCAUCCACCUCAGAUAGACAGACAGACAGGGAGCUGGGCUCCCCUCACUUCCUUAAUGAUCAUCAGGGAUCGACUUGGAUCGAAUCGAUCACAACAAUCGACGAUAAAUCAAAAUGUGCAGUACAGUCUUUAUAAGCUGAUCACCUGACGCUUCAUGCUACCUGGGGGGCUGAUGUUGCCUGGGAGGCAUCCUACUCUUCCUCUGCUAUACUUACUGGACCAACCAUCUAACUAAAUCACCGAGACUUUAUACAGUGCCCUAGGAGGAGAAAAAGAAAACUCCAAAAAGAAAACUCCUUUCAAACAAACGUCCGUUUGUUUGAAAGGGCAGAUGAAUGUUUGAGUUGGGGACUUCCCUGUCAGAGCUGAUGACAUGGUAUUACCGUUGUCAAACUAUUUGCACUUCUGAACAGACAGUCGACAGUUCUCUUCUGAGCUGGAUGAAGGUGAAUGCUCCUUCUCAACCUCCUCUUCCUCCUUUCUUUCUUCUCCUCUUUCUACUCCUCCUCCUCUUUUCUGCGUGAAAAAUCCCAGCCUACUGAUUGGAUUAGCGUUGCUUUGGACAGGACUGAGAGGCAUGGCUGAGCGUGCCGUUGCCAUGCUAUUGGGAAAGGUGACAGCUAGGUGGCUCCGCUCCAGAAAUCCUCUCCAACCUUUUCAUUCCUACUCCGUUUUGCUCCAUCUGAUCCCAUCAGAACAUUUAGAAACCCAUUACAAUUUCCUGGAAUCAGACGGAAAGUUCAGAGUGUUGAUAACGGGACAGAGGGAAGAGGAGGAGAAGUCUCACAUAGGUCACCGGAAAACCUGCCCCCUGCACUGUCACUUGAGACUGUUAAGAGUUAAAACUGGAGUCUUUCAGGCUAUGUUCCAAUGUCCACACUAAUAUUGCACUUAGAACGUAUGUCCAAGACCUUGUUACACUCUUAGUAGUGUGCUAGUACUGUAUGUGGGUAUUGGAACAGAACCUCAUCACAACCAGACUGUAUUUUAUUAAUGUCAAUCAGUGUUCUCAAAGUUGUAAGCUUCUCACUGCACAGUCAGCAGUGACUAUAUACUAUAUGUGCUUGAUUGGGCUUGCCUUGCUUAAUAGACCAAUAGAACUGUCUCAAAACUGCAAACCCUGCCCAUCUGGCUAGAGCAAACACCCAAAGCAUUUGAAAGAUUUCAAAUAGUACUUUUAACACAGGUCAGACCAAAAGGUGUGAGGGGGCAUUAAUUCUCAGAACACAGGAAACCAUUUUAAACCACCCCCCAACAUGUAUUGUAUUUAUCUUGAUUAAAAUAAGGACUUGAGAUGUAGGAUUGGUGGGCAGUGCAGCAGCCACAGUUAAAUGAGUAUCCUCGCCUUAAAGUGGGUAUUGUGAGCUGUGUGUGCAUAUGAAGUCAUGCUAUUAUAAUUCACAUAAUACAUUUCAGAUAGAUGUUCCAAACCCUGGAAACAAGGGUCCAGUAAGAAGGUUCCUAUGAGAAUUGGGACCCGUCCUGUCCCAUUCUGUCUUAUCCUGUCCAGUCCCAUCCCGGCCCAGACCGUCCAGUCCUGUCCUUCUCAGUCGUCCUAACGUGAGACAGCAGAGCUGUUGGCCUAGCAAAAAAUCAUCAAGGAAGAAUGGGAGAAAAUCCCCAAAUCCAGAUCUGCAAAGCUGAUGCAGACAUACUCAAGACUACUCAAAGCUGAUGCAGACAUACUCAAGACUACUCAAAGCUGAUGCAGACAUACUCAAGACUACUCAAAGCUGAUGCAGACAUACUCAAGACUACUCAAAGCUGAUGCAGACAUACUCAAGACUACUCAAAGCUGAUGCAGACAUACUCAAGACUACUCAAAGCUGUAAUCUCUGCCAAUGGUGCUUCUACAAGUAUUCACACCCUUGAGUCAAUAUUUUAUGUAAACAGAUCAUUCUGUAUUUCAUUUUA